AUGGGUUUGUUUGACCGGCUGGCAGGUUGGCUGGGACUGAAGAAGAAAGAAGUUCAUGUCUUAUGUCUGGGUUUAGACAACAGUGGGAAGACCACCAUUAUCAACAAACUAAAACCUGCUAAUGCCCAGACACAGGAUAUAGUUCCAACCAUUGGGUUCAGCAUAGAGAAAUUCAAGACAUCCAGCUUAUCGUUUACAGUUUUUGACAUGUCAGGACAGGGGAGGUAUAGGAACCUGUGGGAGCACUAUUAUAAAGAAGGCCAGGCUAUUAUUUUUGUCAUUGACAGCAGUGACAAGCUCAGAAUGGUUGUGGCCAAAGAAGAGCUGGAGACCCUUUUAAAUCAUGCAGACAUUAAGCACAGACGGAUACCAAUUUUGUUUUUUGCUAACAAAAUGGACCUAAGAGACUCUCUGUCAUCUGUGAAGGUUUCUCAGUUGCUGUGUUUAGAGAACAUCAAGGACAAGCCGUGGCAUAUUUGUGCAAGUGACGGACUGAAAGGUGAGGGCCUUCAGGAAGGAGUGGACUGGCUACAGGGU